AUGGAGGGUCCAGUGGGCCAGUGAAAUGUCAUCAACAUAAUUUAAUAUCCAUAAGGCCUCAAUAACUCUAUAAAUAUGCUGUCUAUACCAGAUAGCUACAUAAGUCUAUUCAGGCCUACCCUUCGUGGUGAAUGGAAUUCUUAUGAGAAAUGGAGUGUAUCACUAGCCUAAUUUGGUAGCCCUAACUUGUUGAUGUGUUAAAUGAGAAUUUGUAUUACCAGAGAGCACAGUGAACAAUAAUUGGACAUUUCACUAAUAUUUAUUGAUAUUGACAUGGGUUAAAGAAUAGAUGGUAAAGUGGAGUGAAAGCUCAAGAGGUGUUUGAUAUAAAACAAGGUUCUCGCUCUCUCGCUCUCUGUCUCCCUCUAUUUCAGAUUAGGGUCAGUUGAGUUCGUAUGACAGUCUGUGCCACUUCCUUAACGAAGUUUCGCCUUAAUGUCUCACCUCAUCAAUCUGUCCCAGUAGGCUAAUUCCUCUAGGAUGGUUCCACUUUGCCUGCUCACAUGGUAGCCUACGGAGUAUUGCUUCUCUCUCUCUUGUUUAGCCAUUUAUAAUAAAUCUUCAUGGACGGUAGAUAUUCUAGCAUAAGUAUAGAGUUGUUUUAAGCAGCUCUUUACGACAUCUCUUGAUCUUGUCUUCCUCUCUAAGGCUAGAUGUUUAUCCAGAUUACUCUAAUCCUUUGUUAUUACUGCAGCCUCCCAGAUCAGAAAAGUGACACCAGUGGUAGUGACACAACCAUGCACGCUUGGAUGUAUACAGUACAUACUCAUAUCUACCCUCACGCAUGCACACAUAGUCCUACUACACACAAACUUCUCAGACUUCAAAAUACCACAUAGCUUUGCAGUGUGACUGUGAAGCUGCACUAAUGAAUACACAGAGCACACCCCAACUGUGAUUGUACUGUACAUUGCACAAGGGGGACUCUGUAGCCUAGCUAAAAAGCACUAAUUCAGGAUGAGAAACAGGUAUUUAGGGCUAGGGGCCAGCCUUGUAAAUGCGAUUUUGAAUGUAUUGCUCAAUGUCUUGCGACUGCGAAGGCAAUUAUCUGUUGGAUUUGCCUAUGGUUUCUACACUCGACAGCAUUUAUUUCGCCCAUGUGGUAGCUGGGAGGUCAAGAGCACACAUCUGUGCCAGGAUAGACAACGCCACUGGAAGAGAUUUUGAAUAGUUUUGGAAUUAUGUCAUGUAUUGAAUAUCCAUAUGGUAUAUGGUUCAACUUAAAAUAAUAGUUUGUCUUGCAUGAUAUUUUGUAAGUUGUGUUGUAGAGGAUACCUUAUAUGAUAUAGGGCCAUGUUCAUCUUUACAGCAAUAGUCAUUUUUUCAUUAAAUAUCUAAUGUAAUAAUAUAGUAACAACAACAAUAACCAACUAUACACUACUAGCUCAGCUUCCCAACCACUUGACCUCACACCACCCCACAAGGGAAUGGGCUAUUACAUUCUGUUGGUAGUUCAGCCACUCAGCGCAACCUGCACUUUAGCAGUGCUGGCCUGUGUCAAUUCAAGCCACUCGGGUUGACAUUUAUCGAUCUGUACUCUUUAGUUCUGGGAGGUGAUCAGCGAUGAACAUGGUAUCGACCCCACAGGCACCUACCAUGGAGAUAGCGACCUACAGCUGGACAGGAUCAGUGUCUACUACAACGAGGCUUCAGGUAGCACAUCUACACCCUCUAGAGUUACAAAUAACCUUUCAACAGAAGAAUGUCUUUGGUGCUUACACAUACAUGUACAUACAGUACCAGUCAAAAGUUUGGACACAGCUACUCAUUCAAGAGUUCUUCUUUAUUUUUACUAUUUUUUACAUUGUAGAAUAAUAGUGAAGACAUCAAUACUAUGAAAUAACACAUAUGGAAUCAUGUAGUAACCAAAAAAGUGUUAAACAAAUCAGAAUAUAUUUUAUAUUUGAGAUUCUUCAAAGUAGCCACCCUUUGCCUUGAUGACAGCUUUGCACACUCUUGGCAUUCUCUCAAACAGCUUCAUGAGGAAUGCUUUUCCAACAGUCUUGAAGGAGUUCCCACAUGUACUGAGCACUUGUUGGCUACUUUUACUUCACUCUGCGGUCCAACUCAUCCCAAACCAUCUCAAUUGGGUUGAGGUCGUGUGAUUGUGGAGGCCAAGUCACACUGCAAAGCUAUUAAUGUAAUGGGUGAAAAUCUCAAUGUCGCAGGGGAAACUGUAUAGGAUCAUACAAUUCGUGGACUAAUGGAGGUGUACAGGACGUGAUAUAUUUUGUCCUCCCCCUGGUGGACAGAUAGGAGCUCCACUCCCCUUGACAUCAAAUAACCCAUUGUUCCCUGCAAUAUUGAGCUGGUGUGUGUCUCUCAAUCUUUGUCUCUCAUGGAGGUGGCAAGUAUGUUCCCAGAGCGGUCCUAGUGGACCUGGAGCCCGGCACCAUGGACUCUGUCAGAUCUGGACCCUUCGGACAGAUCUUCAGACCAGACAACUUUGUGUUUGGUAAGGAAUGAGAGGGGUUUGAGUUUAGCACUGCUUGAAAAUUGAAGGGACAUAUCACGUUUAGUUAGCACAUAGGAAAAUUAAACAGAGUGAAAAAGUCAUUAUGAAACAGUCCUGUCAUUUUGAAGUAAAAUAGGGUUUGAGGUGUUCUUAUGUCCCUCCUUUCCUCCGAUGUUUCUAGGUCAGAGCGGUGCAGGAAACAACUGGGCAAAGGGCCACUACACUGAGGGAGCAGAGUUGGUGGACUCAGUCCUGGAUGUGGUGAGGAAAGAGGCUGAGAGCUGCGACUGCCUCCAGGGCUUCCAGCUCACCCACUCCCUGGGUGGGGGCACUGGCUCGGGCAUGGGCACCCUGCUCAUCAGCAAGAUCCGUGAAGAGUACCCUGACCGCAUCAUGAACACCUUCAGCGUGGUGCCCUCCCCGAAAGUGUCGGACACUGUGGUGGAGCCUUACAACGCCACGCUCUCGGUUCACCAACUUGUAGAGAACACAGACGAGACCUUCUGCAUUGACAACGAGGCUCUCUACGACAUCUGCUUCCGUACCCUCAAACUCACCACGCCGACUUACGGAGACCUCAACCACCUGGUGUCGGCCACCAUGAGCGGGGUCACCACUUGCCUGCGUUUCCCCGGCCAGCUCAACGCCGACCUCCGUAAACUGGCCGUCAACAUGGUGCCUUUCCCCCGUCUCCACUUCUUUAUCCCCGGCUUCGCCCCCCUCACCAGCAGGGGGAGCCAGCAGUACCGUGCCCUCACCGUGCCUGAGCUCACCCAGCAAGUGUUCGACGCCAAGAACAUGAUGGCCGCAUGUGACCCGCGCCACGGUCGCUACCUUACUGUCGCCGCUGUCUUCCGUGGCCGCAUGUCCAUGAAGGAGGUGGACGAGCAGAUGCUCAACGUCCAGAACAAGAACAGCAGCUACUUCGUUGAAUGGAUCCCCAACAAUGUCAAGACCGCCGUCUGCGACAUUCCUCCAAGAGGCCUCAAAAUGGCAGUCACCUUCAUCGGCAACAGUACAGCCAUCCAGGAGCUGUUUAAGCGUAUCUCUGAGCAGUUCACCGCCAUGUUCCGCCGCAAGGCCUUCCUCCAUUGGUACACCGGAGAGGGCAUGGACGAGAUGGAGUUCACUGAGGCAGAGAGCAACAUGAACGACCUGGUGUCUGAGUACCAGCAGUACCAGGACGCCACCGCUGAGGAGGAGGGUGAGUUUGAGGAGGAGGCUGAGGAGGAUGCUUAA